AUGGAUCCACGACUUCAGCACUUAGAGAUAUCACCGUUACAUAAGCAUGUUCCACUUAAUUUUUAUAAACGCGAAACUAGAGAAAUUGGAACGCAAACGGAAAUAGAAGAUCCAAAAUCUGUGACUUCGAAAGAAAACGUCACUGUAGAAGUCAUCGUUCCUAAUGUUAAUCCAUCAAACAGCUACAGUACAACGAAAAAUCAGGAUAAUACGCAGGCAUACGAGGAAUAUGUUCCCUCUUCAGAGUGUAAUCAGAAGAAACAAUAUGUGGAAUGGAAACGGCAAAAUGGAAAAAAAUCUAAUAAAGUUGCAGAUCAAAGUGCAGAGAAACAGCAGCCGGACGUGGUAGACCAUUUGGACAUUUACCGUCCAAAUAAUAAAAUUGAGUCCUUGCCACGCGUGCCGAAAAAGAAGGAUGACAAAUUAAAGGAUAACUCAUAUAAGUAUGUAGCGUCUAAAAACUCAACAGAUAAAAAUACGGACGCGACGAAUACUCGUAAAUCGCGACCAAAAAUUAGACAACGAAAACCCACUCCUCGUUCAAAGUCAAUUAUCAGUACCACGAGUUCUGAUAAUUCACCUCCUCCGAAGAAAAAAAAAUCCCCCCCAAAAACUUCUCCAACAAAAAAAACUUCAAGUUCCUCGAGUUCCUCGAGUUCAAGCUCAAGUUCCUCUAGUUUAAGUUCAAGCUCCUCUAGUUCUUCCAGCAGCUCCUCUUCUGAAAAUUCUCCACAAAGACAAGACUCCAAUGACAAACGUACUCCUCCAGACACUAACACAUCUCGACCAAAACCAUUUCAAUAUUCUCGAAAACGAUCGAGACAAGAACUUAAUCUGAUUGAACACGUGGAGCAUGUUGCGAUAGGUCCACAAGACAUCAAUAAAUUCUGCUUUCCAACUGUAAGAACGUUAGUAGAGUUGCUUAUGGAGCUGGAAGAAGAAGAAGCUCAAUCCGACAUAAAAAUACUUAGUGAUGAUAAUGAUGAUGAUGAUAAUUAUAUUCAAAAUGAAGAGUCUGAGAUAGGAACUUCAGAUACUUGUAGUACAUGUGGUGAAGAAGAUUAA